GGGGAAGGAGGCGGUGGCAGGCUGUCAGCUGGCAGGCGGCAGAUGCUGCUGAGGCGGUGGUACAAGGAGAGGGGCCCGGCCAGCACGCACCCAGCCCAUCCCGCCCGCCCUCGGUGCUCUGCUCCCCGCCGCGUCGCCCCUGACAAAUGAUGUGUUUUGUGAUCGCCGCGAUGAAAGCUCAAAUUGAAAUUAUUCCAUGCAAGAUCUGUGGAGACAAAUCAUCAGGAAUCCAUUAUGGUGUCAUUACAUGUGAAGGCUGCAAGGGCUUUUUCAGGAGGAGUCAGCAAAGCAAUGCCACGUACUCCUGUCCUCGUCAGAAGAACUGUUUGAUUGACCGAACUAGCAGAAACCGCUGCCAACACUGUCGAUUGCAGAAAUGCCUUGCUGUGGGGAUGUCUCGAGAUGCUGUAAAGUUUGGUCGAAUGUCAAAAAAACAGAGGGACAGCUUGUACGCAGAGGUGCAGAAACAUCGAAUGCAGCAGCAACAGCGAGAUCACCAACAGCAACCUGGAGAGGCAGAACCACUGACACCAACAUACAGUAUCACCACCAAUGGGCUAACAGAGCUACAUGAUGACCUCAGUAAUUACAUUGAUGGGCAUACCCCUGAAGGUAGCAAAGCAGACUCUGCAGUUAGCAGCUUCUACUUAGACAUACAACCUUCUCCAGAUCAGUCGGGUCUUGAUAUUAAUGGAAUCAAACCAGAACCAAUAUGUGACUACACACCAGCAUCGGGCUUCUUCCCUUAUUGUUCUUUUACAAAUGGGGAGACCUCGCCAACUGUGUCCAUGGCAGAAUUAGAACAUCUUGCACAGAAUAUUUCAAAGUCACACAUGGAAACUUGCCAGUACUUGAGAGAAGAGCUACAGCAGAUAACAUGGCAGACUUUUCUGCAGGAAGAAAUUGAGAACUACCAGAACAAGCAGAGGGAGGUAAUGUGGCAGUUAUGUGCAGUCAAAAUAACAGAAGCUAUACAGUAUGUCGUGGAGUUUGCCAAACGCAUUGAUGGCUUUAUGGAACUGUGUCAAAAUGAUCAAAUCGUGCUUUUAAAAGCAGGAUCUUUAGAGGUUGUGUUUAUCAGAAUGUGCCGUGCCUUUGACUCCCAAAACAACACAGUAUACUUUGACGGCAAGUACGCUAGCCCAGAUGUUUUCAAGUCAUUAGGUUGUGAAGACUUCAUUAGUUUUGUGUUUGAAUUUGGAAAGAGCUUAUGUUCUAUGCACCUGACAGAAGAUGAGAUUGCUUUGUUUUCUGCAUUUGUUUUAAUGUCUGCAGAUCGUUCAUGGCUUCAGGAGAAGGUAAAAAUCGAAAAACUCCAACAGAAGAUUCAGCUAGCACUUCAGCACGUCCUGCAGAAGAAUCACCGAGAAGAUGGAAUUCUAACAAAGUUAAUAUGCAAAGUGUCUACUUUAAGAGCACUGUGUGGACGACAUACAGAAAAACUUAUGGCAUUUAAAGCAAUAUACCCAGACAUUGUGCGACUUCAUUUUCCUCCAUUGUACAAGGAGUUGUUCACUUCAGAAUUUGAACCAGCAAUGCAAAUUGAUGGAAAUCAUACUUCUUGGAGUUACUCUUCGCUUCAACUCUCUCCUCCCACGAAUAUUGUCAUUUAAGUUCUUACAAAAUUGAUGGAUAUCAAAUAUCUGAGGUAAUUAACCUUUUUAAAUAUUUAUUAGAAUUUUUCUGUAAUAUUACUGAAUUUAUAAGAUCUUUAGCAAAGAUUUUUGAGCAAUUUAUUAAAGAUAAUGUUUCUGUUUACUGCACUUUUUGAUAACAGAAGGUAGUGAAUUUUAAAGCCAUGAUUCUUGGCUUCCAUGCACUGGUUUUGUACCCUCAAUCCAAGGAAAAUUUUUUUUUUUUUUUACAGUAACAUACUAUUGUCCUGAAAAUAAACACAAACUUUACUGCACCAUGGGUAUAUUUUCAUAAGUAGAAAGUUUAAUUACAAACACUAUCAGGACAAUUACUUUUAAAACCUUCAGAGUUAGUCUUAUUUAAAUACAAGCCAUGAUGAUUUUAUUUCUAAAUCCCUUGUUGAUUUACAUCACCUUUUGAUACUUUCAAACAGCAAUCAAUGGAGGAUCUCUUAAAUUUUUAUCUGCUAACAUAUACAUCAUAAACUUUAUGCUAGGAAAAUGUUCUCCCUGAUUGUUUAAGUUUAGUUGUUAUAUAAAUUAUGCAAAACCCUCUGGUAAUAUUUUCUCCUGUAACUAAAUGUUUAAAGUAAAGAGAUCAGAAUAAGUGCUGAUUACAAAUGUGUGUUGGUUUGAUGAUUAAGCACAUGAACUUCACAAACCUCAUUGAGUAAUACUCAUUUUUCUGUAAAUACAUGCAAGUUUAAAUGAAAUUAUACUGUACAUGUAAAUGUGUACAGUAUGUAAAAAUUCCUUUUCUAGCCACAAUAAAAGUAUAAGCCAUCAAGAGAAAUGUUAAAAUGUAUUGUAUUAAAACUUUGCUAAUGAUCUUUACCCAUUAUCACCUAACUUUUCACUUUCUUGAAUCUUCUUUUAAACUCACUCUUACAAUAGUCUGCUUAUAUUCAACAGUUUAUUUUACUCUGAGUCCUGAAAAAGUAUUUUGAUUCAUUUUGUAAAUACAACUGUAAAAAUAAGAGAUUUAAUGUUGUCUUUUAAAUACUCCAAUUUUCAUUCUAAUAUGAAUGUUGUUAUAUUGUACUUAGAAACUUGUACCUUUAAUAUUACAUUACCUUUAUUAAGUGCAUUGAACACAUCAAUUUUAGAUGUGCUUUAUGUACUGUUAUCCUGUAAUAAAAGUUUCAGCUUCUAAUGGAAA